AUGAAAUGGCAAAUUAUGUUCUCCAAGUACCUUCUGUUGUUUCUUCUCCUUAUUAGCAGAUUUGUAGCAUCACAACAAGAAGAUGUUGCUUUCGCGUACAAUGGGUUUCAAGGAGUUAACAUGAGUUUGGAUGGCUUAGCUCACAUUACAGACAAUGGUCUCCUAACAUUAGCAAACGCCACUUUACAACAGAUGAGUCAUGCCUUCUACCCCCAUCCGAUUCACUUCAGGAAUUCCUCCACCGGUACUGCUCUCUCCUUCUCUACUACUUUUGUGUUUGCCAUGAUCUCUGAGAUAACAACAACAGGUGGCCCUGGUAUCAUGUUCGUGAUUUCACCCUCCCCAGAGUUCCCAGGAGCUUUGCCCAGCAAUUAUUUUGGCCUCUUCAACAAGACCAACAUCGGCGCAUCAUCGAACCAUAUCAUCGGAGUCGAGUUGGAUAGCAUCCAAAACCAGGAGUUUAAUGAUAUCGAUAGUAACCACAUAGGUAUUGAUAUUAACACCUUGAAAUCUAUUGAAGCUGCUACGGCAUCUUAUUUUAGCGAUCAUCAGUAUGUGAACCUGAGCCUCAUCAGUGGAGACCCA